AUGCGCACACUACCCCGCGCCGCCAUUGGAAUCGCCGCACUGCUGGUGGUAUCCUGGGCUGCACCUAACGCGGACUUCGUUGAAGUCAAUUCCGAGCCCCGCUCGCAAACUCCCUUCUUGACACAAGUUCCUCACGAUGGGAAGCGCAUCCUUAUAGUCGGAGCUGGGACUGCUGGCAUAGCAGCUUUGAAAGCGAUCAUGGUGGAUCUUCCCGAAGAGACGAGACGGGGAUGGGAGGUCGUAGUCGCUGAACAGCGGUCCGGUGCUGGAGGCGUUUGGUUAGCAGACAACGUCACACAUCCUGAACCGCCUGAGCUCCCGGAUACCCCACUAUACCCUCAACUCGUGACGAAUACACCACAUCCUACCAUGACCAUCCCACACUUCCCCUUUCGCCCUGAAACGCCUCUAUUCCCGAAGCACAGUCUAGUCCAGCAAUACCACGCCGAUAUCCUCGCACACUUCAACCUCACGCAUCACGUACGCUUCAAUACGCAAGUCGUUGAGACACGUUGGGAGAAGGGCAGAUGGCUCGUAUCAACGCAGAAUCGUAGGAGCGGCGCCACUGAGCUGUCCAACUUCGACCACCUCAUCGUCGCGACUGGAUGCUUCCACUAUCCCCGGGCACCGAUAUUCGAGGGCCGCGAUGAAUGGUUGGCAGCAUCGGAGAACCGAAGUAUACUCCACUCUGUAUACUUCCGCGACCCGUCUAUCUUUGCUGGGAAGAACGUACUCGUCGUUGGAUCUUCAGCUAGUGGACAAGACGUAGCGAAGCACGCCUCGAAGUAUGCAAACUCCACUACCAUCGCGUUCAAAAACGUACCCUACCUCGACGCCGACGCACCCCCAGACAUCCCAGGCGUCAACACCAAACCCCGCCUCUCCCACUUCACGCCCGACGCCGCAGUCUUCGACGACAACUCGCGUCUAUCCGAGAUCGACGCAGUAGUCCUCGCCACCGGCUACGAGCUCAGAGUGCCCUUCCUGACAAACGGCGGUGUCUUACCCGAGUACCCCAAGGACCGGGACACAACCUCCAACGCGCUGAGCACAAAUCUGCGUUAUAUCCGUCCGCUCUGGCGCCACGUCUUCGCGCUCGAUCCCGCUCUGCCGCCUACGGCCCUCUCCUUCGUCGGCCUCCCCAUAUUCGUCGCCAACGCGCUCGACAGCGUCGCGCAGGGCCUCCUCAUCGGACACGCUAUCGCCAAUCCCGAUAUUUUACCUUCUCGCGCGGAUAUGCUGGAAGAACUGCGCGCGCGAGAGGAGGCCGCGCGCGCGGCGGGUCUCGAGCCGGAGUACAUCGGCCAUCGGAUUCUGGCUUUACCAGGCGAAGAUCCGCUAGCCGGUAUGCAGUACACCGAGAGCCUGGUGCGAUACUUGCAAGACCACGGCUUAGCCGGCAUCGGCACGGUCCCGCCUAUCGGCGAGAACUUUACGGACUCGUGGAGGAUACAGUGUAAUCGGGAUACGUUCUUGCUGAGGAGAACGUGGAAGCGCGUGGAGGCGAUGGGGGAGGAUGUGGUGGGGGAGUGGGUGAGUGGUGUUGAGAGUGAAGAGGAUUGGGUGGGGAUGAUGGAUCGGUUGGCGGAGUGGGGGAGGCAGCAGGAGGAUGAAGAGGAUGUGCGAGGCUUGUCUUUGCGUGAUUAUGAGUACUAG